AUGUGUCCGGUAAAGGUUUCAAGCAAAACACCUCUCGUGGCGCCUCCACAAUCCUCGCACUCGCUAUGGCAGCCAAAGCUUAUGUACCUCGUUAGCAAUGCAUGGACAUCGGCGCAGAUGAAUUAUUUAACUAUCUUUUAUCAGCAGACAGCGCAGUUUUCCAAAAUGCAGAUUGGCGUUUUACAGACUCUUCCAUGUGUAUGCACAUUAGUGGCACCACCUCUCUGGGGCGCUGUCGCUGAUCACAUUCAGAACCAGCGAUUUAUUCACAUAUUGUGCAUCAUCACGGGUGCGCUACUCAUGUACGCUUCGCAAUUUGUUUAUUGGUCCUUCAACUGGAUGGUUCUCUUCGUCAUUUUAUCAAAUUUUCAAGUGGCUCCAACUGGUUCGCUAUUGGAUCAUACUGUGCUUAAUCUUCUUGAUAAGGUUGGUGGCGAAUAUGGCAAGCAGCGCUUGUUCGGCGCGCUCGGCUUUGGAGCGGGAGCCUACAUUACAGGCCUAGUCGUAGCUGUCGCCGGCAUUUCUUGGUCUUUUAAUUUGAGCUUAGGGCUUGGACUGACAUCGUUGCUGGUAAUACGUACAAUUCCUCCUCUUGAAGACAACCAUUUUCUAGAAGACGUCGAACUAGAUGGUGGAGCGAUGAAAAAUCCGACGUUUUUGGACAACAUUCGAUUGAUAUACGGAAAAGCGGACGUGGUUGUGCUAUUUUGUGUUGUAUUCUUCAUGGGAAUAAUGUAUGGAGUACUCUCAAGCUUCCUUACACUAAAUUUGUACAAUCUUUCGGGUAAUGAUGCUCAGAUCGUGGGUAUAGCUAUCAUGUGCGAGACUGCGUCAGAGUUGCCGGCAUUUUUCUAUUCGCACAGAAUUAUCAAUCACUGCGGCAUCGUUAAUGUGCUGCUAUUGUCAAUCUUUGGCUACUUUUUACGCGUAUCGUAUUGUGCUAUCAUGACAAAUGCGUGGACUGCCAUCCCGUUUGAAUUUCUACAUGGUGUGACUUACGGAUUAGCGUGGGCAGUGUGUACGCAAUACGUGUAUUCAGCAGCUCCUCCUGGAUGCGAAGGCACAAUAAUGGGUGUAUUGAAUGCAGUACAGAACGGACUUGCUCGUGGCGUUGGCACACUCAUCGGUGGGUAUUUUUACCAGAAUUAUGGCGCUCGCGUCAUGUGGCUUGUAGCGGAUCUAGGCGUACCACUGUCUCUAUUUGGCCUUCUUGUGUUUGCACGCCUCAAAAAGAAGACCAAAGCAGCAGUUGAGACAUACUUAGAGGAGGCUGAGAUCUUCUCACCUCAUCCGGGCAACCCGCAAGCGCUUAUGCCACAUGCUAGUCAGAGGUUCGAUGAGAUACAUUAG